GAACACAACACAACUUCUUCUCUCAUACUCAAACUCAAAACCAAACUCAAACUCAAACUCAAAUUCAAACAUCACAAUUAACACUAUAAUCAAUGGCCAAGAUUUUUCCUCAAGAAUCCACAUCCUCUGAGUGCAUCAAUUCUGAAAGAGAAACAUUUACUCUAUGGAUGAAAUCACUUGUUCUUCACUCUAAUGGCUGCACUGUCUAUGAUUCAAAUGGUGACAUCGUUUACCGAGUUGAUAACUAUGACAGGAAGGGCACAAGAGAAGUUAACCUCAUGGAUCUAAGAGGCAAAGUUCUCUGCACCAUAAAAAAGAGGCUACUAGCUAUUGGAAGCUGGGAAGGUCACAGAUAUUGCAGCAAUUCUAGUUAUACAAGCCAGGAACAACCAUGGUUUCAAGUUAAAAGAUGUAAUACAGGAAAAGUAGCUUGCCAGAUCAAAGUGGGGUGUCAAAAGUACUGCAUAGUAAGAAUCAGUGGCAAAGCAGCAGCAUUUAAGAUAGUAACCAAAGAUGGACACAUAGUUGCAGAGGCAAAGCAAAAACACUCUCCCUCAGGUGUUGUUCUGAGCAAUGAUGUUCUGACCUUGGAUAUGGCUGCUGGCACGGAUCAUUCCCUUAUAAUGGCUUUGGUUACAGUUUAUGGAUUGAUAUGCGGUAUAAUGUAAAUAUUUAGUGCCAAUUAUUGGUGCAUUCCUAAUGAGAUUAACACAAUUCACUUGGAGUUACUAAUUUGGCAAGGUUGGCUCAGAUCAUCAUGUUGUUCUCGAUCAUAUCACUUUUGUAAAAAAAUUAUAUGAGAAAUUUUGUAAUCAGAGUCUGGCUCUGUUUGUAAGAAAGAUCUUGAGCUCUGUCAUCAGGAACACAGAGAUGUAUGUAUACUUUUUUUUAUCAGCAGAGAUGUAUGUAUACUUGUAUUGUUUACAGAUGUGUAAAGAAAGAUAUACUGUACAUUAAUUCCAAUCACUUUUAUAAUUUAUCA